AAAAGAAGAACGAAAGAGCAAUAUGAGAGAAAACAAAAUUCGAAGUUAGUUUCAUUUCCGAAGAAGAAGAAGAAGAAGAUGAAGGCGCGUUCGGAAAAGGGAAGAACGAAAGUUGUGAUACGGCAUUUACCACCUUCUCUAACCGAAUCUGAUCUCAUUCAACACAUCGAUAACCGUUUCUCUUCUCGCUAUCACUGGUUCGUUUUCCGUUCCGGCAACACCAGUUAUAGGAAUCAAAAGUAUGCAAGAGCGUAUCUAGACUUCAAUUCACCUGAUGAUGUUUUCGAGUUUGCGGAGUUCUUUAAUGGACACGUUUUCGUUAACGAGAAAGGUGUCCAGCAUAAAGCAGUAGUUGAGUAUGCACCUUCUCAGCGUGUUCCAAAGCUGAGUACCAAAAAGGAUGGCCGUGAAGGGACUAUAUAUAAAGAUCCAGACUAUCUCGAGUUCCUCAAACUCAUUUCGAAGCCUCAAGAACAUCUUCCGAGUGCAGAAAUACAAUUGGAAAGAAAGGAAGCUGAGCAAGCUGGGGCUAGCAAGGAAGCACCUAUUGUCACACCCCUGAUGGCAUACAUACGUCAGAAGCGUGCUGUUGACAGUGGUCCACUGGUUUCAUCGGCCGCAACAAGAGUUGGCAGAAGAGCCAGAGCUAUGCAAGGCAAGCCUGGCCCCAGUAAUACCAGACGGGGAUCCGAAAAGAAAAAGUAUGUUCAGAAGGACAAUGUCAAGAAUGCUAAUCGGAAAGAUUCAAAAGACAAAUCUGCCUUUACUGUGGUCCCUAGGCGUGAGGACCAUUCUUCUGAAUCAAGUAUAAAAGGAGUAUAUGAAAUUGAUUCUUCGCAUGUGAUUGAUGAAUUUGCAGUGCAUGGCAUUGAAGGUUCCAUCUCUGGAAUACCACUGACUUCUGACUCAGGAAAGAAAAAGAUCCUCCUUCUGAAAGGAAAACAGCGGGAAAUUCCCAAAGCCACUGAAGGUAUGGUUAAACAGCAAAAUGCACAAUCUGCAAAUUUGCCCAUUCCAACUACUGCAAAACAGAACCAAAGGCGUGAAGCCGGUGGAAGAUUGAUCAGGAGCAUACUUCUAAAUAAUGAAUCUCGUCAGAGUCAGUCUACAUCUACUGCACAACAUAAGAUUCAAAUCUUAACUUCUGAGAAUGGGAGGCGUCCACCUCGUCCUUUUGGUUCAAGGUCUGGGUUAAGUGAUCAAGUCUCUAGUCAUGAUGCUGGGCAUGUUAAUUCUGAAGGGGAAUCUAAAAGGGAUUUGGAUGAAAAGUUUGUAAGAAGAGAUUUUCAUGGUUCGGGUAUUGGUGAUAAAACCGAAAGACGUACUAGAAACAAGGACAGGCCUGAUCGUGGUGUUUGGGCACCUCUUCGCCGUUCUGAUUCUUCACAUUCUAGUAAUGAGCUCUCAUCAUCCUCACUGGCACAGUCUGCACCAUCAAAUCCUGAAUCAGUUGAAGCAGGAGAGGUAAAAGAAAAUGCUUAUUCGGGAAACAGGAGUGGUGAAUUCUCAGCUUCUGCAGGUGGACGUAGUAGUCCCUCCGUUGAGAAUGGUUCACAAAGAAUUUUUACUCGUCGUGGGGCUCCCUAUAUAGUGAAGGAUGAUGGUGCAGUCAGUUCGAGUGAAGGGAAACUUUCAAAGAAAGGUGUUGGGAAUAGUACUCAUGAGAAACAAGUUUGGGUUCAGAAGUCAUCUUCAGGCACUUAAAAUAUCUGUGAUAAUGGACACUCGGUUAGCGCAACAAUUACUUGAAAAAUUGAGGGGAUCAUUCCUGCUACAUUGAGCUAGGGAUCUGUUUAGGACAUCAUCCGCGUCCAAUUCAGGUCGACAUGAGCCUAAGCUACUUGUAAGAAAGAUGAUCCAGUUGUUGCCUGACAGAGCCUGUAGAAUUGAAGGAAUGCAAAAUUACAGACCUCCUUGACAUGACUAUUUACCGAAAACAUACCGACAUUGUUAACCAUGUUGAUGGGUUAGACCCUUGUAUGGUUCGUGUCUUUUCGAAUAUUUUGGUUUUGGGAAAUGUUUGUGUUUGGAAUUUAGCUGUAUAGUUUUGGUACUUGCCAUAGGAAAGUGAAUCAUUUAGCAGGUGUUUGGAACUGUGUCAAGUAUGCACUAAACGUGCAGUAGAAAUGAAGCUCCAAUUGGUAGCUUCACCCUAAAUGUGGGUUCCGUGGGUUCUAAACGCGGAACAAACACAAUUUAGUCAGGUUCAUUUGACAUAUAUAGUCGAGUAGGGUUUGUAUGAAAGGCUUAGUGUUUGUAUGAACAGCUUAAUACUUGAUUUUAGCAUGCACAUGAUGUAUAUUUUGUUAUUACUAAUAGGAUGUUAACAUGUCUUCGGUACA